CCCACCCCAUCAUGGACGGCAUCACUGAAGCUGUGAGACUCCAUAAUGUCGCAGUCUACCCCUCUCCUCUUUAUUGGCUACACAAUGCAGCACCCCAUACCACCCAAAUCCUGUCAUUGGCAUGUGGCUCCAUCUCCCUCUUGUAACCACUCCUUCCGCCCCAUCCCCAUUACAUCAUCUAGCGCAGAAACAAGUGCAAGUCAAUGGGAGAGAUGGAUGUUCCCUCAGGAGAGAGGAGGAGGGGCCACCAUCCUCCCUGCCCCGCGCAUAUAUAAACGUAGGCGCAUAGGACCAGCUGCCAGCCCAGACACCACCAGGACAGAGCACCAGCCUUCCCACAGACACAGCAGUAACCAUGCGUGAGAUCGUGCACCUCCAGGCCGGCCAGUGCGGCAACCAGAUCGGCGCUAAGUUUUGGGAGGUUAUAAGCGAUGAACACGGCAUUGAUCCUACCGGCAGUUACCAUGGCGACAGUGACCUGCAGCUGGAAAGAAUCAAUGUCUACUAUAACGAAGCCAGCGGUAAUAAAUAUGUACCCCGCGCAAUCUUGGUGGAUUUGGAACCUGGCACAAUGGACUCUGUGAGAUCGGGACCAUUUGGGCAGAUUUUUAGACCUGACAACUUUGUAUUUGGCCAGAGUGGUGCUGGAAACAACUGGGCUAAAGGUCAUUAUACGGAAGGAGCGGAGCUGGUUGAUUCUGUUCUUGAUGUCGUGAGAAAAGAAUCAGAAAGCUGUGAUUGUCUGCAGGGUUUUCAACUGACCCACUCCCUAGGUGGUGGCACUGGUUCUGGUAUGGGUACACUGCUCAUUAGCAAGAUCAGGGAAGAGUACCCAGACCGAAUCAUGAAUACGUUUAGCGUGAUGCCAUCCCCCAAAGUCUCAGACACUGUAGUUGAACCUUACAAUGCCACUCUUUCUGUUCAUCAAUUGGUGGAGAACACAGAUGAAACCUACUGCAUAGACAAUGAAGCUCUGUAUGACAUCUGCUUCCGCACUUUAAAGCUAACUACACCAACCUAUGGUGACCUCAAUCAUUUGGUAUCUGCAACAAUGAGUGGGGUAACAACCUGCCUUCGUUUCCCAGGCCAGCUCAAUGCAGAUUUACGAAAACUUGCUGUCAACAUGGUACCUUUCCCACGACUGCACUUUUUUAUGCCCGGGUUUGCUCCACUUACCAGCCGUGGCAGUCAGCAAUACCGUGCCCUGACUGUGCCUGAACUAACACAACAAAUGUUCGAUUCCAAGAACAUGAUGGCGGCCUGCGAUCCCCGUCAUGGGCGCUACCUGACUGUGGCUGCUAUCUUCCGAGGAAGAAUGUCCAUGAAGGAAGUUGAUGAGCAGAUGCUUAAUGUCCAGAACAAAAACAGCAGCUACUUUGUCGAAUGGAUCCCCAACAAUGUGAAGACUGCUGUGUGUGAUAUUCCACCACGAGGCCUCAAAAUGUCUGCCACGUUUAUUGGCAACAGCACUGCCAUUCAAGAGCUCUUCAAGAGAAUAUCUGAGCAGUUUACAGCUAUGUUCCGACGAAAAGCCUUCUUGCACUGGUACACAGGUGAAGGAAUGGAUGAGAUGGAAUUUACCGAAGCUGAAAGCAACAUGAAUGACCUGGUCUCAGAGUAUCAACAAUACCAAGAUGCCACUGCUGAUGAGCAAGGAGAAUUUGAAGAAGAAGGAGAAGAUGAAGCUUGAUGACAAGAAAGGCUCUCAUUUUUAGAAAAAGAAGGCACAGUUUCUACAUAGCCAGUAUGUUGUCUGCAGCAGUGUUGUGUUCGAGCAUGUGUUUCCUUUUCUACUGUAUUGUCAGUGAUGUCAGGAUUGAUUUUUUGCGACCCCAACCAUGUCAACAGUCAUUUAGGUUCUUCUAAUUAAUGAGGUCCAUACUAGUAGCAUGUAGAAGUGUUUUUGAUGGCUCUUAGAUGUUGCUUAGCAUUGGAGAUCAUAAAAGAUUAUUUGUG